AUGUCUCUCGGAAGGAAAGUCGCUUUGAACACUGGUGCCAGCAUCCCUCAAUUGGGAUUUGGUACAUGGCAGGCCGAGCCUGGCCAGGUUGAGACGGCUGUCUUUGAGGCCCUCAAGGCUGGCUACCGCCACAUCGAUCUUGCCAAGGUCUAUGGCAAUCAGAAGGAGAUUGCGCAAGCCUUCAAGAAGGCUUUUGGUGGUGCGGUUUCGGGUCUCAAGCGUGAAGAUGUCUUCAUCACAUCCAAGCUCUGGAACUCCCAACACCGCCCAGAAGAUGUCCCAGCAGCUCUCGACGACUGCCUGGCUGAGCUUGGUCUCGACUACCUUGACUUGUACCUGGUCCACUUCCCCGUCGCUUUUGACGAGCGCAGCGAUCCCCACCAGAGCCUCUUCCCUCUGCGCGAGGAUGGCGACGUUAAGAUGCUCGAUGAUGUCUCGAUCGUUGACACAUGGAGGGCCAUGACAAAGCUGCCCAGGGAGAAGGCGCGGGCUGUUGGUGUCUCCAACCACACCAAGGAGCACCUGCAAGCUCUGAUUGAUGGCACUGGCGUUACACCCGCGGCCAACCAGAUUGAGCGUCACCCGCGCCUGCUCCAGCCAGAGCUCAUCCAGUUCUGCAAGGAGAAGAAGAUCCACAUCACCGAGUACUCGGCAUUCGGUAACAACAUGUUCAACGAGCCCCUACUCAUUCAGCACGACACCGUCAAAGAAGUUGCGAAGUCGAACAAUGCCACACCCGCACAGGUCAUUCUCGCAUGGGCCCAGGUUGGCGGACACAGCGUCAUUCCCAAGUCGGUCACAGUAUCGCGCAUCCAGGAGAACUUCAAGGAGAUUGAGCUCUCCAAGGAAGACUUUGAGAAGAUCGAGAGUAUUGGCAAGAAGGAGCCUCGCCGCUUCAACAUCCCAUACAUUGCCAACAAGCCCAGGUGGCCAGUCAACAUCUUCAAUGAGCCCGAGGAGAAGGACGCGCCUCACAAAGUAAUUGUUUAA